AUGUAUGUGCAGUUACCUUUUGACGAUCUUAAAGUGGAUCCCACGCAAAAGAAACGAGUAGCUUAUUUCUACGAUGCAGACGUUGGUAACUACGCUUAUGGGGCAGGACACCCAAUGAAACCUCACCGUAUAAGAAUGGCACACUCCUUGAUUAUGAACUAUGGAUUGUACAAGAAGAUGGAGAUUUACCGGGCCAAACCUGCCACCAAACAAGAAAUGUGUCAAUUUCAUACCGAUGAAUACAUUGAUUUUUUAAGUAGAGUGACCCCGGAUAAUUUGGAGAUGUUUGCUAAGGAACAAAUAAAAUUCAAUGUUGGUGAUGAUUGCCCUGUUUUCGAUGGGUUAUUUGAGUACUGUGGAAUUAGUGGAGGUGGUUCAAUGGAAGGUGCUGCGAGAUUGAACAGAGGGAAAUGUGAUGUUGCUAUUAAUUAUGCUGGUGGAUUACAUCAUGCAAAGAAAUCAGAAGCUUCUGGGUUUUGUUAUUUGAAUGAUAUUGUAUUGGGUAUUAUUGAAUUGUUACGGUACCAUCCAAGAGUUCUCUAUGUUGAUAUUGAUGUUCAUCAUGGUGAUGGUGUUGAGGAAGCCUUCUAUACCACUGACAGAGUUAUGACAUGUUCUUUCCAUAAAUAUGGGGAGUUCUUCCCCGGAACCGGUGAAUUGAGAGAUAUCGGUGUAGGAAAGGGGAAACAUCACGCAGUUAAUAUUCCCUUGAGAGAUGGUAUCGAUGAUGCUACUUAUAAAUCCAUUUUUGAACCCGUUGUACAAAAAAUCAUGGAUUGGUAUCAACCGAGUGCGGUGGUGUUGCAAUGUGGUGGAGAUUCAUUAAGUGGAGAUCGUUUGGGAUGUUUCAAUUUGUCUAUGAAAGGCCAUGCUAAUUGUGUUAACUUUGUGAAACUGUUUGGCAUUCCCAUGAUGGUUGUUGGUGGUGGAGGGUACACUAUGAGAAACGUUAGUAGAACAUGGACUUAUGAAAGUGGACUAUUAAACAAUGUGUUGUUACCUCUGGAGUUGCCUUAUAAUGAGUACUAUGAAUAUUACGGACCUGAUUAUAAAUUGGAUGUCAGGCCUUCAAAUAUGUACAAUUAUAAUUCUCCGGAGUUUUUAAACAAAAUAUUGACUAAUAUCGUUGCAAACUUGGAGAAUACAAAACAUGCACCUUCGGUACAAAUGAAUUACGUUCCCAAUGAUCCUGAAGACGAAGGUGAUGUUGAAGAAGACACCAAAGAAGCUAUUGACACCAAAGGUGGAUCUCAACAAGCCAGAGACGAAACUAUUGAAGGUCCUAAUGAGUUUUUCGAUGAUGAUGAAAAGGACCCUGGAGAGAAGAAUAUUCAUAUGGAAAAUGGAAUAAAUGGCAAUGGAACUGCAAAUAGUACAACAGCCCCAUCAACUCCAGAACCCUCCACAAUUAUUCCAGAAACUGAGUCAAAGCCAGAAAUUGAAGCCACCGAAGCCGUACCAGUUCCUGCAGCAGCCAAUACUGCAUCCUCAGAAAUAGCAGCAGAAGCAGCAGAAGCACCCACUACUACAGCCCUGGCUUCCACCGCCGUGGAAAACGGAAAUAAUCAUGAUGGGGGAGUGGAGUUAACAGACGAAGAAAUCCGUGAGCUCGAUGCCUUAAAUGAGGCUGACGUGGAAAUGGAGUCAUAG